AUGGAAAGAAUCGAGAGAUACCAAAAAAUCGAGAAGAUCGGUGAAGGUACUUAUGGUGUGGUUUACAAGUCAAGAGAUAGAAAUACAGGAGAAAUCGUCGCAUUAAAGAAGAUUCGACUUGAAUCAGAAGAUGAAGGGGUUCCGUCUACUGCAAUUCGUGAGAUAUCUCUUCUUAAAACCUUAAGACAUCCAAAUGUAGUCAAGCUUCACGACGUGGUGCACACUGACCAAAAAUUGUACUUGAUCUUUGAGUUCUUAGACCACGACCUCAAAAAGCACAUGAAUGUAUUAGGCAGUCCUUUACCUCCGAUGACAGUGAAAAGUUUCUUAUAUCAAAUUCUCUCUUCGUUAGCCUAUUGUCAUACGCAUAGAGUCUUGCAUAGAGAUUUGAAGCCUCAAAACAUCUUGAUUGAUAGAGAAGGAAGCGUCAGACUUGCAGAUUUUGGCUUAGCAAGAGCAUUCGGGUUGCCUAUUAAAACGUACACUCAUGAAGUCGUCACACUCUGGUAUAGAGCCCCUGAAAUUCUGAUGGGAGCUCGGCAGUACUCUACACCUGUAGAUAUUUGGUCAAUUGGGUGCAUUUUUGCAGAAAUGGCACAAAAGAGAGCUUUGUUUAUGGGUGACUCGGAGAUUGACCAGCUUUUUAAGAUUUUCAGAGUGCUUGGGACGCCAACUGAAGAAACAUUCCCUGGUGUCACAGGAUUUGCAGACUUUAAGCCGACUUUUCCUAAGUGGCGCGCGCAGAACCUUUCUAGAUUUGCUGCGAACCUUGAUGAAAAUGGUUUAGAUUUGCUAUCCAAAAUGGUUUGCUACGACCCAGCUAAAAGAAUUUCAGCCAAAGCAGCAAUGCUGCAUCCAUAUUUUAAUGACUUAGACACUUCCUGUCUAGCUCCUUAUAACGUAUAA